UCCGGAGGUUUUAGUGCGCCGGACCCAUUCAGGAAGCGCGUCCCGGCUGCUGUGACCCUGCUCGUUUCUUAAUCACUAACAUGGAGCCGUAGCUGCACACAAGAGUCAUGAUUUCUUUAAAAGCGUUGCAGAAAAACAAAACAAUCCGAUAUGGCGUCCCGAUGCUCUUGCUCAUAGUUGGAGGUUCCUUUGGCCUUCGAGAGUUCACGCAAAUCCGAUAUGAUGCCCAGAAGAUCAGAAGAAAGCUGGAUCCGUCACUGGAGGCCAAGGUGAACGUCCAGAGGCAGGCAGUCAUCCUGGAGGAGGAGUACGAGAAGUUGAAGGAGGUGAACUUGGAGGAGUGGAAGAACAUCCGCGGCCCUCGUCCCUGGGAGGACUCCAAGGAGUACCAGCAGCAGCAGCGCGCCAGGAAGAACAAAGAGGACUGAGGCCCAGGGAUACCAGGCUGAACCGAUUACACACACACACUCACUGCGGCAGGGCAGGCACGACAGGAGCGGACCGACUCUGUGGCGAAGGCACCGCUGAGACCCAAUUAUCUUGGACGCUGCAACUCCGGGGCAUGGACUCAACUUGUUUUGUCUUGGCUGGCAUCGGACUUUACACGCACUUUACAGCCGCGGUUGUGACACACUCAGCCCCGACCAGUGGGGGAAAAUAACAUCACAUUUAAACUUAAAACUUUGAAACAACUUAGAGGUUGGUUUUAAUUUGAGAGAGGAUGCAUCGGAUCAUAUGGUUUCAUUUGUAAAAGCAUGCAAUCACUUGUAGGCGUCUGCACUGAUGACCAAGAGUCUGUAAUGAAAAAUAACCAGUAGGUGGCAUAUCUGUGUACUGGUGCACCAUACCUCCCUGUGCCCUCCACACACAAGGCGAGAAAAGAGAGAUAUAUAUACAUCAAUAUGUGCUUUCCACAGCUCAAUAAAUUAUGUUCCUGUGAUCCAAACACUUUUUACUUUCUUUUUGUUUUUGACAAUGGCUUGUGGAUGUGGUGAGUCUUUGUUUACAGCAAUAUUGCGUUGAUUUACCAGUUGCAAGUAUACAGGAAUAAAUAACACAACAGUCCAGGCUUUCCUCGGGCUUUAUAGGUCCCGACAGUAAUCUGUUUCACUGGCAGUUAUUACUUUGCAAUGCGGUGGAUUUAUUACGUUUAUUAUGGAAAUAGUAUUACCUUUGCUUCCUUGUCCUACAAACAAAAAGAACAUGAGUUUCUCUGUAUGCCACAACGUCUAAAGAUUGGCACAAACACAGAACGGCUGUGUGAGUGACAGAACCGUACCCGCUUAACACGUUCACUUUGAAUUACAGGAUGACUUCAUAUACAUAAGUGAAUACACUGCAGGUGGAGGGGCCUGUGUGGAAAUGUCCCGGGAUACAUUUGCUGCGUUUAUUCUGCGCAGCCACACACUGUAGCUGCACAUUUUUUUUUAUAUUUUCAUGAUUCUUGUGGUGCAUUAACACCCGGGGUUUCUCUUUAAAUGGAUGCUCUUAUUUCAGGUUUAGAAUUUAUGGCAGUGGCACACGCGCUCCAGCUUUUAUGUGAUUAUUAUUUUUUUUUUAUAUAUAUAUUUUUUUCAAAUGCAGGUUGUACAAAUCUGGUCCUUGCUCACUGUGUUGCUUUGUCAUUGGUUGGCUGAGUGUCAGAGCUGAGCAGCCGUGCAGUGGCAAUCGCCCCUAAUCCACCCGACGGAUCUGAAUGACAAAGCAGCAAUCAAGUAAUUUUGUCACUGGAUUAGCAGAUCAAACUGAGGCUUUUUGGUCUGGGCUGUGUCUAAAUAAAAAAAUGUCUGGCGCACCCUGCUAUUUCUGUAGAUGCUUCUAAAUAUAGAGCAGCCGCUUGUUGGCACAUCUGUAAUGUUAGUGGUGAAUCACACAUUUAUUGUGCAUGCUCCGCAGGCAACCUCUGGGCUGUUUUUGAUUAGAUACGCUGUCUUAGAGUCAAAACUACAGGGAGGACAGUGCUGUCUCUAAGUCAGAGGGACGCAGUUUGAUGAUAGCCGCCAAGCCGGUCUAACUGCACCACAGAGGGUGUCCCUUACGCUGCUCUGUAUCCGCUGCAGGUUUCGCUGUAGACGACAGGGUGGCCUCGUGGUUAGAGAGCGCGUCCUUCAGCCAGCACACCUCGGUUCAAACCCCCGUGUCGACAAGCAUCCGCCCUGCCGCCGUGUCCUUCUGCAGGACAUCGAUUCCCUUCCAGCGCCAGGGCUGCUGCUGCUCUGUCGCUGAGCCUGACCUCUGACCUCUCCGUCCAGACGGGCAAGUCAGGAGACAGCUUCUCCGCAGCGCUCAGUAAAGUGUGAUUUAAUGCAGCGACAGACCAGGUAGUAAACCUUUGCGGGAAGUUGGGACAGGACGAUGCUUUGUGGUUCAAAGGUUUCUGGCUCAAUCCCCAGUGCAGACAGCAUCCAAUACGACUGAAACGCCCUUGAGCAAGGACGCUUAACCUCCAUGUUUAUGUAUAUGAACCUGUCCCAAGGUGACAGGAUAUUGGAAAUCAGCAAAUGCUGAGAUACAGUACAGCACAAUGGACAGCUUGCAUGAAGGUCUUUGUGUCUGUUGUGUCUGUCCUUUAAAAAAAAAAAAAAAAAAAAAGAAUCACAGACAUUCAUCAGAGUUUUCUCCCUAAUUUUAACAAAACGGUCAGUAUUUUGGCAUCAAACUUGACAUAUCAGAGCCCAAUCAUUUUUUUUUCAAGCAGACUCCUGAAUCAGAAUCGGAGCUGGGCAGAUGGUGGUGUGGGCUAAGACGUUUAUUGCUCAACUGUAAAAUAUCAAGCCUCCAUUACACAUCUUUAUUAAUGAUAUAUAUCUGUUUGAUUAUCAGAUUUAACAGUUCCUUCCUACAAAAGUAUUUUAGUUUUUUUUUUUUUUAAACAUAAAAAAUCUAAAAUAACAAUCAGUAUCAGCCCCAAAAUUCAAAUCAGUCAGGCUCCGUUAUACAUGUUUGAAAGCCUUGUGAUCUGUUAUCUGCUCUGACUUUGUCUAUUAGUGUCCGUCUUUCAUAUUCAAAGAUGCAGGCCUGUAGUGCACACGGCAUGUGAUGAGAUGUGAUGAGAUGAGAUAUACUUUUAUUAACUUGGAGGAGAAUAACAGGUGCCAUAUCACACAGUGAGGAAGUCAGAAAAACAAACAUUCAGCUCCAGUAAAAAUCAUAAAAAAAAAAAAAAAAAGUCACCACAAGACUUUUACCGUGUGUUUGUGUGUGUGUGUGAAAACUAUGUCUGUGGAUGUAUGUGCACAUGAAGCACUUUGUGUUAUGGAGCCGCUGGUCUAAUAGCUCAAGGACCGAGCAGUGACACAAGAUAAAGCAACAACAGUUACAGAAACUAAUAUCCAUAAUAAAAA